CCGGCGCCGCGCGGACAGUGGACGAUGGGCGAGACCGAGCGGGAGACCGAGACUCUGUGGCGGCGGCUGCGGGGGGCGACCGGGCGGAGGCUGCGGGCCUUCAACACCAUGCGGGGGAAGGAGGUGAAGCGGGGGGAGUUCUGGGACGUGGUGGUCAUCACGGCUGCCGAUGGGCGUCAGGAACAUGCGUUCGUGCAGCAGAUUGCCAGCAAGCUGCAGAGGAAGGAACUACCCUGCGGCAUCCCCUAUCACGUCUUUGCGGAUCCUCCAGGACCCAAAAUAGGAAAUGGCGGCUCCACUCUUCAUGCUCUGCUCUGCUUACAAGAACUCUACGGAGACAAGAUGGACAGCUUCAAGGUUCUACUGAUCCACGCUGGAGGCUCCAGCCAGCGGUUGCCGAGUGCCAGUGCCCUGGGGAAGGUGUUCAUGGCAGUGCCAGUGGGCUGCCCGGCCUACCAGAUGCUGGAGCUGAAGCUGGCCAUGUACGUGGACCUUCCAGCCGGCAUGGCCCCGGGAGUGCUGGUCACCUGUGCCGAUGAUGUCGAGGUGUACAGCCUGCCCCAGGCCGGGGCCCUGGCCUUAGACAGGCCCGGUGUCACCGCGCUUGCCCACCCCUCGCCACUGGGCAUUGGCACCGGGCACGGUGUGUUUGUGCUGGGGCCUGGGGUCUGGGGAGGGGCCGAGCUGGAGUGGGGGCCCUGCCGCCUCUUCCUGCACAAGCCCAGCGUCGAGGCCAUGCUGGAGGUCGGAGCCACAUGCGGGCCCCACUCCGACCACGUCUACACCGACAGCAUCUUCUACCUGGACCGACCCACCUGCCGGGGACUCCUGCACGCCCUGCAGCAAGGCCCCGGCCUGCAGUGUGAGCUCGAUGCCUAUGGGGACUUCCUGCCGGCUCUAGGCCCCAGCCGGGGAGAGGGGCUGGGGGAAGGGGAGAGGCCCCUGCUCCACAGGGCUGUCACUGCUGCUCUCCGCGGGACCCCGCUACAUGUCGCCGCCCUCAAUAACUCGGCCUUCUACCACCUGGGCACGGCACCCGAGUACCUGCACCAUCUUACCAGCCCAGCUGGGGGUCUGUGGGGCCUGCUGCCCCAGGCCCAGGGCCCCGCCACUGGCCCUGACCACAGCUCCCAACACCAGGGCUCCAGGCCCGAGCCUUAUCCUGGGCCUGACACACACUCCCACACCCCUAGGCCCGACCACCAAGGCCCUGAUCCCAAAUCAUUCUCCCAGGCCCUCGGGCCUGCCGUUGGCCCUGUGGACCCCAGCACCCACUCCCAGCCCCCUGGGCCCGUGGCCUGUGUGCUACGCAGCCUGCUGGGCACGGGGAGCGUGGUGUCACCAGGCAGUGUGGUGGAGUUCUCCCGGCUGGCCCAGGGCACCAGAGUGGGACCUGGCUGCAUCGUCAGCGGCUGCAGCCUGGGGCCGGGUACUUCGGUGCCCGCUGGCACCUUCCUGCUGUCGGUGGGCAUGCCAGGGGGCUUUGCCAGCGCAGCGCUGGGCACUGCCGACGACCCCAAGGCCAGUGUGGGCUCGCUGGGCGAGAUCGAGGGUGUGCAGAUACUGGGAGUGGGGCUAGACCGGGCAGCCCAGCUCCUGGGUCUGCCCCUCUCCCCCCGUCUCUUCUCCGGACCCCGACCCGGUCUCUGGAACGCCAGGCUGUUCCCGGGGCCCAGGCCCACCGCGCAGGAGUCGGCCACCGCCACCCUGGCCGUAGUGGACGUCCUGAGGGGAGGGUCAGCUGUCCAGCUGCCCACUGACCGGGGCCUGCUGUCCAUCCAAGAGAUGCUCCACGCCAUGGAUCUGCAAAGCACGCUGCGCUUCAGGGAGGAGCUGCUGCAGGAGCUCAGCCAGGCCGGGAAUGGUGCAGCUGGGAAUGGUGCAGCUGGGAAUGAUGCAGCUGGGAAUGGUGCAGCCGGGAAUGGUGCAGCCGGGAAUGGUGCAGCCGGGAAUGGUGCAGCCGGGAAUGAUGCAGCCGGGAAUGACAGCCGGGAAUGAUGCAGCCGGAAAUGAUCCAGCCGGGAAUGGUGCAGCUGGGAAUGGUGCAGCUGGGAAUGAUGCAACUGGGAAUCAUGCAGCCGGGAAUCAUGCAGCUGGGAAUGACAGCCGGGAAUGAUGCAGCUGGGGAUCAUGCAACUGGGAAUCAUGC